AUGAAGAAGGUGAAACCAAAAGUCCCAAAACAGCCCCUUGAUGCCACUGCUGUCCGUAGAUCGAGCCGUGUUGCCGAUUUGCCUCCUCGUAGCUACAAGGAAGUUCCAAUUGAGCCUAUGGGGAGGCCGAGGAGCUACGGUAACAGACGAAAUUUGUUGAACAGAGUGUACGCCUCGGAUGGUGCUAGACUGUAUGCCAUUCAACGGGCUGAGGAUUUGCAGUCGAGAUUAGAUCAAGACAUUCCGAGCUUUAUAAAACCGAUGCUUCAGUCUCACGUCACUGGUGGAUUCUGGCUGGGUCUGCCACAUCAUUUCUGCAAGACAUACCUUCCAGAAGCUGAGGCGGUGAUGUUCACGCUUAUUGAUGAAGAUGGGAAUGAAGCCGAGGCAAAAUACCUCGGUCUGAAAAAUGGCCUUAGUGGCGGAUGGAGGGGUUUUGCCAUCGAUCACGAGCUGGUCGAUGGGGACGCCAUUGUUUUUCAGUUAGUCGAGCCCACCACUUUCCGGGUUUACAUCGUCAGGGUAAAUGAAGAGGGCGAUGGCAGUGAUUGA